AUGCAGACUGCUUCUACAUACAUUUGUGAAAGAAUGGGUCACUCUCAAGAGCUCAGUGAAUUUAAGCGUGGUAUUGUGAUAGGUUGCCACCUGUGCAAUAAGUUCAUCCGUAUAAUGUCCUUGCUACUAAAUAUUCCACAGUCAGCUGUUAGUGGUAUUAUAUAACAAAGUGGAAGCAAAUGGGAACAAUAGCAACUCAGUCACAAAGUGAGCGGGGUCAAUAGCUAAAGACCUGCAAACAUCGUGUGGCCUUCAGAUUAGCACAACAACAGUGCCUAGAAAACUUCAUGGAAUGGGUUUCCAUGGCUGAGCAGCUGCAUCCAAGCCUUACAU